AAUCAAAUGUGUUUGAGGUGAUUUGGUCGGCUUCAUAGAAAGUAAUGUUUGAAGUUUUGGUUCAGUAGUAAUAAAGCUGACUACACAGUAUUUUUUAUCAAAUAGUCAAAAACCAAAAGUAAGUUGUGUAGUGUUUUCGUCGUCUUAAGAUUUGUGAGUGAUAAACGAGGUGGAAUGACUGAUCGCAGUUUGUGUAGUUUACUUCUUCAUUUCAUCUAACGAUAUACUGAAAAUUAUAAUUUAAAUGACUUGAAACUUUGACUUAUAUAAGCAAUGGAUAUCAGUCCUGUUGUUGAUCGCUUCAAUUCUGCGGUAGAGAUAAUACAAAAUUUGCCUAAGAGUGGUUGCAUUCAAACGUCUAAUGACACAAAGCUGAAGUUUUAUUCCUAUUACAAGCAAGCUACUGCAGGACCAUGUGAACUCUCAAAACCUGGUUUUUGGGAUGUUGUCAAUCGAGCAAAAUGGGAUGCUUGGCACAAACUAGGUAAUAUGUCAAAAGAAGAAGCCAUGAAAGGCUAUGUUCAAGAAUUUGUGAAAGUGAUCCAAGAGACACCAUUGGAAUCAUUGGAUGAUCCAAGCCUAGUGAAUGAUUUCAUUGGAAUGAUGGGACCUUAUAUAGAAUAUGCUCCAGAAGAGAUUAAGAAGAAGCACCUCAAGAUUAAUGGAAAAGCAAAUGGAUUAAACAAUAACUCUGAAGAUUAUGUGGAAGAUUUCAGUAACUCUAGAUUACCUCAAUCGUCAAAUGAUUACAGCAACAGAAUGUCUGAUGAUGGAUCUGAGAACUAUGCUUCACCUGUAAAUGGCCAUAGUCUGAAUGGGGGAAACGAGAGUGACAGUGACAUAUUUUCAGAUACGCUUGAAGGAGUUAAUGAGGAUGAUCCAGAGGAAGUCUUUGCUUCCAAUAGCAAUCCCAUGAGUAAUAAUCCAAUGACACAAAGCAAGGGACCAAGUAUUAUUAAUGUACGUGGAGGCGAUCACAGGCUGGGUACCCGAAACGGUAAUUCUCCGGCUAACGCAUCUGGCAGCCGUGGUAAUCAGUCCACUCAACAAUCUGCUAGCUCUAAUUGGGCUCUGCAGGCAACUUCAAGCAGCACCUACCUAGGCAGUGCAGGAGGUAGUAGGAGGAGUGGUGGAGGAUUGCCAACAGAGCUAGCUUCAGAUGUGAAUGAGCAAUUAGCCCUUGCCGUCAUUCGAUUGCAGCACACAAUGGAACAAGUUGUACUCCGCCUCGAUUCCCUAGAAACUCUGCUUACUCAAAGGAGCAAUAUUCCUAAUCAGGUUGCAGAGAAAAAAUCAGCACGUUGGUCUAUAUUUGGAAUGUCUCCCAAAUUAGCUGUCUUGAUAUUUGCAUGGCCUUUAAUUGUUCAAUUUCUUAUCUAUUACAUAAGAAGAAGACAGCGCCAUCUAUAACUGAAUUUUGGAAGCAAAGAUUUUGUUAUUAUUACUCUUUUUUUUAAUACACAGAUGUCUCUAGGAAUUUUUACAUAAAAGAAUUUCCUAUAUUGUUUACCUACUCAACAUGCCUACCUAUAAGCUCUUUCUAAUUUUUGUAAAUAUUACACUUUUUGAUUGUUUGUUAUAGAGUUUUAUUAACUCCAGAUAACUAAACAUUUGUCACAGAGACUAAUUUGUGAAAAUUUUGACUAGUUGAAAUAUUAUUUGUUACACUUGAGUGAAAAUGUUAAGCCUUAUCUCUUACCUGUAUUUAAACAAAUAACAUUAAAAGUAUUUUUCUUAAGCUAAAUUAAAAAUUAUUAUAGCUUUAUUAUUCUUAUUUGUUUUACAUAAAUAAAUGAAGAAUUAAAUUUUAAAAAAAAGUAGCAUUUUUUCAAUUUGUAAUCUGUGUUAAAUGAUUAACCAAUCAUACAGAGUAACUCUUGUUUAAGUUAUCCGGAGUUAAAAAAGCUAUUUACAAAUGUUGUGCUUUUCACAAAUUUUAUUAUUUGUCUAAGAAAUCUUUAAUUUUUUUUCCUUAUGUAAAUA